AUGGCUUCACAGACAGCUUCCAGCCACAGAUCUUCCUCAUCGUACCGCUCCUCAUCACGAUACAGCUCCAGCUCCUACCGAUCAGAAGCAUCGCUGAAUGGAUCGUCAGAUUCUCUUGGUACACUUUUAGAGCCUUUUCUUGAUUCUGCUAAUUGUUCCUGUCUGUUUGGAGAUGAGGGCCCUGGGGGGCCCAACUGCCUGGCCCCCUUCAGUAGGCACAGCAGAUCCUCAUGUGGACCCCUUGCUCCUGUAGGUGGCGCUGUGAUGGGCUGGCAAGCCGGUGGGGUGCGAUGUCUGGGUGACACUUACUACAUGUCAGCUGACGUCAGCCAGUUUGAGCCACAUGACAUUGUGGUAAUGGCGUACAAUCAUCAUGUCGUCAUUCAUGCCCAGAAGGUUCUGGAGGAUGGAAAUAUCAGCAAUACUUUCACCCACAAGUCUCUGUUUCCUGAGGACAUGGAUCCCCUGUCAGUCAGUGGGACCCUUAACCCUGACGGGAACCUUUUGGUGAGCGUUCGCCGGACCACAGCAUGGAGUGUACCGGAGGCUCCGGGGGUCCCCACAUUCUGCAGCGAGGCUCACCUUUGA